AUGUUUCAAUCCGUCGACAACAGUUUCAGCCAUGUACAAAAUGGCCACACUUUGGCGAGUGUUAAUAACCACGUGAACCCUUUGUUUCUCGAUCUAGAAGACGGACAAGAAAGUCGUCGGAAGAAGCAAAAUCGCUUAUACCAGCGUAAGCAUCGACAAAGAUCAAAAGGGUCGAUGCUAUCAAGAAACGCUGAACCUUCCAUAGAACAAGUACAAGAACAAGUCACAAAUGUUCUUUCCACUGUGCCCCCGGGCUCAAUAGAGAAUACCCAUGGCAACGGAGGCAACGCACAAGGACUUGAAAGUCCCAUAAUGGUGACGGAUUUCUCAGUCACUCAAAUGGUCGGGAAUUUCUUGGAGCAUGAUCAAAGGCGACAGGAUUCUUGGUUGGCCUCCUCGGGUCGGGGCUCCUGUCAAGAGUCUGAAUUCCAAAAUUUGCCCACGAAACCUCUUGAGAAAGGAAAUACUCCGUUACAUCAAGCUGUCGCUUAUGGGCAGCUAUCUAUUGUUCGUCUACUUUUGGGUCGAGGUGCAGACCGAAGGUCGGUCAAUACUCUCGGGAAAACGCCGUUGCAUCUCGCAGCCGAGUUGGGUGAUCUUGAGAUGGUACAGAGUCUCAGUAAUGACAGAUAUGUUAUUAAUAUGCAAGAUAAAUGUGGCUCGACGGCAUUACACUUAGCUGCCAUGGCUGGCCAUCACGAAGUGGCUCAAUUAUUACUGGACGGUGGUGCGGAUAUAGAAGCAAGAAUCUGA